AUGUCGGCCCCUAAUCUCGUGGCGCGGCUAGGGGGAAAAGCUGCUGUUGGAUACAAUAGGUACGGUAGGCCCGCGGCGUGGGCGGCUCAGCAAUCCGCGGCUCGAUGGUGGACGGUUGGACUGGCGUCGCAGAAAUCCUUAUCCACAGUUUUGGCACUCGCGUUGGGAGCAUCAGAACACAAUGUAAAACGCUAUCCCCACCGCCACAUCCGCAGCGCACUUAAAAACUUGGAACCGCAGGAGGAAGAAGAUUCCGAGGGAGGACCAAAACAGAAAAGGGCUGAAGAGGAGGAAAAGAGAAGAAAGGAGGAGGAGACGAGAGCGAGAAUCGAAAGGGAAAGGGCAAUAUCCUGGCAAAGAGUACUGGCAAUAAUAGCAGUGGAGGAGGAGAAAAGGAAAAAGGAAGAGGUAGAACAAAUAACAAAGGAAUGGAGACGAUACAUGGAAAAGGGAGCAAGAGAAGUGGAGGACUGGAUUAAAAAAGGAAGGAGAAGGAAUUAA